AUGAGCGUCAACAUGUGCGGGUACGUGUUGGUCCGUGCGACCGAAGCGCAAGACCUCAUCGCUACCGAACGCGAAUGGGUCGAGUGGGGCCAACCGCUGUUGACCAAAGAGCAGUUUAUCAUGCGUGAACAAGACGUGCUUGGCACCACCGACUUUAGCAAGCAACGCAGACAAAGAUGGGUUCUCGUGCCGGCCGACGAUACGACGACGUUGGAUUUCCUGUGUGCGUGCGAAACGUAUCGGCGACCGAUUCUGCUCAAACUACGUGCACAAGACCACGUGCAGAGCGCCAUGGCGUACAGCAUCUGUUCCGUGUUUGUUCCACCGGCCAAACGGCGCAAUGGAUAUGCGCAAAAGAUGAUGUCGCUCAUGCAGCACCAGCUGAACCCGCGGCCAAAGAUCCCCCAGCUGCGGGCCACCAAGCUAGACCAAGAUCUCGUCCAGGUGUUCCAGCCGCACGAGGCGGACCGGCACCGAGCCGAUGCGACGUGCUCCUUUCUCUACAGCGAUGUGGGCGAGUACUACUCCAAGUUUGGAUGGCAGGUGGUCGGCAACCGUCACGUCGAGUGGAAGCCGCUCUCGAAGGACGAAGCGUACGCCCCACCUGCGCAACGAGCGAGAUGGUUGUCAGCGGACCAACUCAAAGAGCUCGGCCGCAUCGAUCGACAAUACCUGCUGUCUCAACUCGAGCAACGCUCCGACACGCACAUCAGGUUCUGCAUUGACGAUCCAGACGCCACAUCCUGGCGAUGGCUCAUCCAACGCUCUCAGUUCUACGCCACCACACUUUUGCCCGCCUCGGCACCCAAACCGAGCUACUUUGGGCUCAUCUUGCCCUCGCCCACAGCUGAAGACAGCCAGCCAUCAUACGCAGUGUGGAUGUUUGACUUUGUUGCACACAAACUCGCCGUACUGCGUCUGCGCUUUACCAGUGCAGCCGCAUUCGAACAGCUGCUCGGCGCGCUAAGGCACCAGGCAGCGCAGUUUGGCAUGCACAAGUGCGUUGCCUGGAACGUCGAUCUGGCCAGCUUGGGCGUCGAGCUAAACGCUCAAGAUCACGCGCAACUCGAGAGAGGCGAGAGCGUCGAACGGUUUCACGACGAGCUUCGUGGCGGCGCAGUGGUCGAGAGGAGCGGCAACGGUGCCAGCCUGCCGGCACUAUCAUGGUAUGCCGAUAGAAAGCCAGGUGACAAACUUGAAUGGGUCUGCAACGAGUACGGCUGGUGGUGCUAA